CGAAAUAUCGUUUCGCGCGCCUGUUCCAAUAACGCUGGGCUCUUCAGCGCAAGCUCGUAAUGUCUAAACAUGCUGGGACAAAGGACGCGGCAGCGCCGCAGUCCUCGACGAACCCAACCCCGCAGAAGGAGCUCUAUCCUAUGGUGAACUGGAAGUACGAUAUGUUCCUGUAUACCGUUGGCAACAUCGUCGAUAUGUUCUUCCGUGAAGUUGUGCCUCGAGGUGCCUGGCGUGUUCCUCAGACUGGACCUGUUCUGUUCGUCGCAGCGCCACAUGCCAAUCAGUUCGUCGAUGCGAUUAUCCUUCAACGUACCCUCCGUAACGAAGCUAAGCGGCGAGCGUCCCUUCUCAUUGCCCAAAAAUCAGUUCACGGCUUCAUCGGAUGGGGCUCGCGACAAGUUGGUUCAGUUCCCGUCGGUCGCGCUCAAGAUGCUGCCAAGCCAGCUACUGGCACCAUCUACCUCCCCGAUCCUAUCAACGACCCAACCCUUGUUCGAGGUGUCGGUACAAAAUUCGGAGAGGGAGAGGGCGAGGUUCAGGGCAUGCUCUUCCUCCCCUCAACUAAGAACACCAGUGGCGCCAGCGUCGAUAUUUCUCAGAUUAUCGGUCCUGAAGAGAUCCGUGUCAAGCGACCUUUUAAGGGCAAGAUCGCUCUGCAACAACUCACAGGCCGUGACGAUAUUGAUAAAGAUGGGAACUUCACCAACAAGGACGUAAAGGGUCCUGCUCCAGGUUACCAGGGCACCAAGUUCAAGUUGGCACCUCACAUUGACCAGACCAAAGUUUACGAGGCAGUCUUUUCUCGGCUCUGCAAUGGCGGUUGCGUUGGUAUCUUCCCCGAGGGCGGUAGCCACGAUCGCACUGAACUUCUACCUCUCAAGGCUGGUGUCGCAAUCAUGGCCCUUGGAACUCUGGCCCAAGAUCCCGAUUGCGGCCUUAAGAUCGUACCUGUGGGAAUGAAUUACUUCCAUGCCCACAAGUUCCGCUCGCGUGCCGUUGUUGAGUUCGGUGCUCCGUUUGAAAUUCCUCGUCACCUCGUUGAGCUCUACUGCAACAACCAGCGUCGUGAAGCCAUCGGCCAAGUUCUUGAUACAGUCUAUCAGGCUCUGAACUCUGUCACCGUCUCUGCACCAGACUACGACACACUCAUGGUCAUCCAGGCCGCUCGCCGACUCUACAACCCGACCGGCAAGAAACUCCCACUUCCUGUAGUGAUCGAGCUUAACCGCAGAUUAUGCAUGGGGUAUGAGCGAUACAAGAACGAUGAGCGCAUUACGUCCUUGUCUGCCGCCGUCAAAGAGUACAACUCUCAAUUGCGGUACCUCAACCUGAAAGACCACCAAGUUCAGUAUGCCAAGAUGAACAUGGUCAAGGUCACAUUCCUUUUCAUUUACCGGUCAAUCAAACUACUCCUCCUCUUCAUUUGUACAUUGCCAGGAUUGAUUCUUUUCUCGCCUGUCUUCGUAGCGACCAAGAUCAUCAGCCGACAGAAGGCCAAGACAGCUCUGGCGGGCUCUACAGUCAAGAUUCGCGGCCGCGAUGUCAUGGCGACUUGGAAGAUCCUUGUGGCAAUCGGUUUUGCACCCACUCUCUAUCAUAUCUACUCGGCCAUUAUAACUUUCAAAGUGUGGCAAGACCGUCUCUGGGGUUAUGUUCCCGAGGGAGUACCGCUGCUGGUGGUUUACUUCGCAUUGUGGCCCUUUAUGGUUGGUAUCACUUUUGCAUCGCUGCGUUUUGGUGAGGUUGGUAUGGAUAUCUUCAAGUCUCUGCGCCCGCUACUCCUCUGCUUGACACCAACCUCCAACUACAACAUCCACAAGCUACGAGAACGAAGAGCCGAGCUGAGCGCUCAGGUAACAGAUGUUAUCAACACGCUGGGGCCUGAGAUGUUUGAUGACUUUGAAAGGGCACGACUUGUGCCCGACCUGUACAAAGCCGAGGGUGGCUCAAGCACAACCACCAAGGCACAUCGCCGCAGAGACAGCGACCAGUCCAGCACUGGCUAUGAGCCCGAGACCCCACCAGCUCUGUCGCGACGAAGCACGACACAAUCUAGCCGAGCUCUCCCGCGCAACGAUUCCUUCAGCAAUAUUGGUCACGUGGGCAUCUUCUCUACACGGCCGCCUUCCAGAGCCCGUAGCAGGUCGAGAUCAAGCAGCAGCGGGGGUGGAUUCGGAUCUGGUGGGUUCCCUAUCAGUGGGUUCACCACUUUGGACUCUUCAGGUGGAUUUGAUGAGGCGAGUCGCAAGAUUCGAGAGGCGAUGAAGAACAGGCGACAUAAGACAGAUCAAGAAAGGACAGAGGGUGACGACGAGGAUGACGACAGUGAAGAGGAGGGAUAUGAUGAGGCUAGAAAGAAGAACGCGUAAGCAUUGAAAAGCGGAUGACAGGCAGAGGCGACCAUUAGGGAUGGGAAAGCUAUAAGCAG